UAUCUGGACUUAUAAUCCUCAGUCUACUUUUGCUACGGCCAGGCUUAACUGACUCACUGGCUAUCCACAAUAUGGAAGUGCAGCUGGUGAAUGGAAACUCCUUCAACGAGGGCCGUGUGGAGAUCUACUAUGAUGGACAGUGGGGGACAAUAUGUGAUGAUAAUUGGGACAUGGCAGAUGCACAGGUUGUCUGCCGCUCCCUGGGCUUCACAGAGGCCACAGAAGUGAAGACAAGUGCAGCAUUUGGGGAAGGAUCAGGACCCAUUAUUUUAGAUGACAUCAGCUGCGUUGGGACAGAGACAUCUCUAAUACAGUGCGGUUCUGGAGGAUGGAUGAAGCACAACUGCGGACAUGGGGAGGAUGCUGGAGUGGUGUGUGCCAAGACAAUGGCAAACAAUCCUGCGAUUUUUGUUUCGGAUUAUUGUGGAAAUUUUUCUGAAGAUCUUGGCCUAUUAUAUGACAACCAGCAAAACUGCGACAUCAACAUCACAGUCAUAAUAUCAAACAGCUCAGAAUCCCAUGGUGUUACAUGUUUACAUAGUCUGAUUCUUCGUACAAACAGUGAGGCCAGCAUUCUGCUCCAGGGGAAUAAAACCUCAUACACACUGCUGUUGGAAGAGGAGUGUUUGCCUAGUGUGAACAGAUUUUUCAGAUACUUCUACUCCCGGCAAAUUGUAAUCACGUUGGAUUCAGUAAAGUGCAUCCACAAGUUGGCUUCAGCCUUUGGAGCGCCAGAACUGCAAGCUGACUGCCGGAAGAUCUUCCCAUAUCUUCUUCCAUUGGACCCCUCCUUCCGCCGCCCCCUGGAGCUCUAUAGAUACAGUCUGUCUAGUAGAGAUAGCAGCCUGCAGCAGCUCAUUUUGCAGUACCUGGCCUGGAACUGUGAGGGUCUGUCCCGUACUGAGGUCUGGUUGAGCCUCAAACCAGAGACUAUUGGAGAUCUGCUCUCUCAUACCGAUGUGAUGGUUGAGAGUGAGUGGUCACUGUUGAAAGCUCUUGACCGCUGGGCGCAGGCUAAUGGGCCAGGAGAAAUAAUGAAAACACUUUUGGAAAUGGUCAGAUUUCCCAUGCUCACCCCAGAACAGUUGUUUAAGCUGCAGUUCAACCUGACAUUGUAUGUGCGCUAUAAUGAUGUCUUCCAAAGGAAUAUUCUGGAGGCCUUUGAAUUCCACACGGUGCCCUUCAAAGUCCUUAGGCAAUACAAAUCCCAGGAGCUCAGAAGUGAUGCAUUUGUCCCUCGCUGUUAUUCUGCUUCUACUUGGAGCAUGUACUUAACACAUGACCUCAUAACACAGAACAAUGGAUCUAGUAUCUCCCAGUUAUUUGAAACCCCAGAACACCCUAGCUUUAUUUUCCAUGCCCAAAACAUAUCCUGGUCUUUCACUUACUAUGACAUUAAACAGGCCUGCCAAAAUUAUAGCUUCUGCUCCUCAGAUACCUUCCCAAUGCUCCAUCUUGCACUGACAGGUUCCAAAGAUAAUACCAUCUGGUAUAAGAACAAAGCACUCCUGGUCUGCCAGGAUUCCUAUGUCAUAGAUGUCUUUGACUUUAAAAAUGGUACAGUUGUGAUCCCCAAAGCCAACAGGGUUGGCUUCCCGUGCCCAACUGGUCACACAGGUGUCAUGGCUCUGGUGUGUCCUAGUUACAAGCUGAAUGCAUAAAAGGCUAGGUACUUCCUUCCUACUGAUAGCCAAACUGGGCCAUUUCCGGCUGUUCUUUCAGCCAAAGUAUGCCAGUCAAGAGGAAGGUCAAAAAGGUCUUUUUUGAAUAAAGGAAGCCCCAGCAAGAGAAAGGGCAGGGAUUCAUCCAAUCUCAGGGGCCAGACCAUUUAUACAAAGCAGCAAGUAAUAUUGGUACAUGAGCAGAACAUAUCUCUAGAGCUUUCCAUCCAUCUUAGAUUAAAACUUUUCCCAGACUAUUUUCUAAGUUUUUGUCUUAUCUAGGUUUCUGGCCUGCUCGACCACAUCUCCACAGUAACAGGCUUGAAACUUUUAAGAAAAAGGUAUAUUAUUGUUCUACUGAAAUACCAGGCCAUAGGCCACAAUUUCCCACUUUCUUUUUCCUCUUACAUUGCAGUCCCUAAUUUCACAGCAAUUUUUGCGCUUGUUUUCCCAAGCGUUUAGGUAUAUAUAACAAAUUCACCUCUAGCUAGAACCAUCCAAAAUAGAGGUUCUUUGGUUCUUGCCUAUCAAUACCCAUGAAGGUUGAGUGAUCUGAUAUACAGCACAAAAAAGACUCCUGUGGGAUCUCUUAAAAAGAGGUGACUGCCUCUUUUCA